AUGGGUUCCAGGAACGUAAUGUCCCGGUUGUUGGUGUUGUCGUCCGUCGGUUUCGGUGGAUAUCUUACUGGAACGUAUCUUGAACGACGAAGGCCGAUUAGAACAGCUGAUUAUGUAAACACCGGCAAGCUGGAAGAGCUAUUUUGCUCGAAACCUGGGCUGCCCAUCUUUGGCACCGUGUCUGCUGCAACUCCCAUUCCUGCAGAAGACAAACCAUCGGCUCUGGUAAACGUGAGCCGUGUUAGUCAAAUAAUGAAAUAUGGAUUUCCCGGCUUGGAUAACGUCCGUUCGUAUGACGAUUAUGUGCUUUCGUACGAUAGGAGAACACGUGUUGCGCACUGGGUCUUUGAGCAUCUAACACCGGAAAGGGUGAAACACAAUGAUGGAGUCGAUCGAGCGAAAAGUGACUUUAAAGCGGACGAUAGUAUUCAUCCAUUCUUUCGUUCUUUAAACACAGACUACAAGGGAUCCGGAUUUGACCGGGGCCAUCUGGCUGCGGCAGGAAAUCAUCGGAUGGAGCAAAAGCAUUGCGAUCAAACGUUCUACUUGACGAAUAUGGCACCGCAGGUCGGUGUAGGAUUCAAUCGUGAUAAAUGGAAUCAUCUGGAGAGUUAUGUGAGAAAGCUGACAAAACAGUACCCCAACGUGUACUGCUGUACGGGACCGUUGUAUUUACCACAACGAGAAAAUGAUGGAAAACUGUACGUGAAGUAUCAGGUGAUCGGAUCAAACAACGUUGCUGUACCGACACAUUUCUAUAAGGUCGUAGUCAUGGAAACAACCGAUGGUCGGUUGGAGAUGGAAUCUUACGUGCUGCCAAAUCAGAAAAUAGACGAUGGAACACCACUGACCAUGUACCAGGUACCCCCGGAGACGGUUGAACGUGCGGCCGGGUUGCUGUUCUUCGACCAGAUCGCGCGAAACAAGCUGGCGAAGAUAAAUGGCAAGAAAGUGUGA